CUCUCUCACGCACACACAUACGGCCGGGCGCGGACGCUUAAACCAUCUCUGUAUUCUCUGAGCUGCUGCAGGCAUCCGUUAAUCUUCCUAAGGUGUUUGUAAAAUUGUCUGUGAGAAGAAGACCCUAGAUUGUGUUCUUACACCUUAGCUAGAAACUAUCAAUUGAUUCACAGAUCAGAAAAGGGGUAUAUUUUAAUGUCUCUGAGGAUAAAAGCAGUCGUAGAUAAGUUCGUUCAAGAGCUAAAGGAAGCUUUAGAUGCUGAGAUACAAGACAGAAUUAUGAAGGAAAGGGAGAUGGAGAGUUACAUUGAGGAGCGUGAGCGUGAAGUGGCAGAGCGUGAAGCUGCCUGGAAAGCCGAACUCUCUCGUCGUGAGAGUGAAAUAGAUGAAAACGAGCGUGAGAAGGAUUUGCUGGUGGGGGGCACAUCGUGUAAUCUUGGUGAUGCAGGUGCUUUUGAGGACCUCCGUGCUGAACCGAAGGAAUACAAAGACACUCUAGCCCGGAUGAGGGCUACAAUGGCUCAUCAUUUCCUCGUACUUCUUAACACAGCAACCGAGGACAACUUGUUUAAGAUCAAGGGUGUUGCAGCCGACAGGGUACAACUGAUUCUUACACUUCGUCAAGUGUCUCCAAUUGAAACCCUUGAUGAUGUGGCUCGUAUCUGUCCAGCGACACUGUUCUCCGAAAGACAGGUCCAACGCUUGUUGAGAGACCUAUUUAUAGCCCUAUACUGUGUUGAGACGGAGGAAUUGGAAGACUUCCAAGUCCAGAUGAGGGCUGACAUGGACGAUGAAUUUCUUGAUUUUCUUAACAAGGCACCCUGGGCAAACUUAUUAGCAGUCUAUGGUAUUGGACAUAAAAUGGCCGACAAGAUUCUUGAACACCGUCCAUCUCACACUCUUUAUGAUUUUGGUUUGGGAAAAUCAAAGAUCCAGAGCAUCAUGGUGGGCAUGGCUCGGUUUCAGCUAUACCCGGAGAUUUAUUCUCGCCGGACACGCACCCGAGGAUGACAGUGUAGAUAAAACGACUAUAGUGUAGCUGUGAUUAAAACAUAGUAGAAUGUACAUUGUAAUAAGGGUUUCUUUUUGUGAUUAAAACAUAUUAUUGUUUCUUAACUCUCUAAUGCCAUAGAGUUGAAGUUGGAACUAUGUUCUAUGAUGUAAAUGUUUUGGGAGGAUGCAAUUUAUAUUCCAUGGGUGCAUUCUGCUAUUUUUGCAA